AUGGAAGCAAAGAUCAGUGACAAUGGUUUGAAUAUUUGCCAAAGGAAAUAUGCACUGGAUAUACUCAAUGAUACAUUGUUUCUUGAUUGCAAACCAAUAAACACUCCCAUGAUGCCAGGCUUUCUCUUAUCCAGUAAUGAUGGUACACCUCUGAGUGAUCCAAGCAGCUACCAGAGGUUGAUAGGAAGAUUGUUGUACCUUACAGCCACUAGGCCCGUAAUUACGUAUGAUGUACAUCAUCUAAGCCAGUUCGUGAGUGCCCGCACGGACAGACACAUGGCUGCGUCUCACCGCAUACUCUGCUAUAUAAAAUCAUCUCCAGGAAAGGGCCUAUUCUACCCAACAUCGAAUAGGACCCUUAGCGUCAAAGGGUUUUUUGAUUCUGAUUGGGCACCAUGUACUGAAGCACGCAAGUCUAUAAUGGGAUUCUGCAUUUUUCUUGGCACCUCUCUUGUUUCGGGGCGAUAA